ACCAUCGUGUCAGUCCUCACUUGGUCGUCCACGAGGGAGGUUUGCUCUCAUCGCCUUCCAUACGUGGCUGACCAAAUUAUAUUUUUAACGAGGAAAAUAACCGUUUGUGGUUUUGAGAGACCGGCUGAAGUGCGUCUGCCAACUGUACCACACUGACACUUAACAGUAGUACACUUCAAGUGUUGUGGUGAAGUUGUUGGAGAUGUGGAUGUUGGUGACGGUGAUGGGGCUGGCUGCUCCAACACUCCCUCUUCCUCUAGACACUCAAGCACUCCCCCAUCACCCUCCAGCACUCCCCCAUCACCCUCCAACACUCCCCCAUCACCCUCCAACACUCUCCUACGACCAGUCACAACGAAGGGGAUUUGUGGGGCUGAGUCUGUUACCACCACGUCCACAGGCGCAUGUAGAAGAGGUGGAAUGUAGGGCCAACAACCCCCUCAUUCACACAGGGACGUGCUACCUCUACACCACCUGCAUCACCAUGGGAGGAGCUCCCUCCGGUAGCUGUCCCUCAGGGGGCGUCUGCUGCAUUAUACCAACGGUGUGCGGGGGGUCAGUACAGCACAACAGGACAUGGUUCGUCAACAGAGAAUUCCCUGAGCGGUCAACAGAUUCUGGCGACUGUGUCAUCAGGGUCAAGAGGAUCAGCCCUGAGGUGAAACAGAUUCGCUUAGAUUUUGAGUCACUGGAGUUAGGAGCUCCUCGUCAAGGGCAGUGUGAGGAAGAUUCCUUCACCAUCACCACCACUUCGUCCUUAGUCUCCACCACCAAGAACUCCACUAGCACUUCUGCCAGGGACAAGAAUGCAAUGCUUCUCCCUCCUCUCUGUGGAAACAACUCUGGUCAACACAUGUAUUUGAAAGUGGAGGACAGUGAGAUAGAGGUACGUGUGGUCCUUGGCUCUCAGAAUCAGUUUCUCCAAGCCAUCCCUCAGCGUCAGUGGCGGGUCCUCAUUAUCCAAAUUGAUGCUAGAUAUGCAGCUCCCCCUGGGUGUCUUCAGUACUACAGGGAGAUAUCAUCUAAGGUGCGCUCUCUCAACUAUGGAGAAAAUUUCAGGGAUAAUCUCAACUAUGACAUCUGUUUCAGUCAAUUGGCCAGAUCCCAAAAAACUGAUGAAUCUUGCAGUCGUAAAUUCACCAAUGUUCAAGUAAACCAGUCUUUGUCUUACUAUCGCCAAAGUGACAUCAAUAAUAAAAGAAGUGAAGUAAAGACUGAUAACAGGGAUAGAAGAAAUGCAGAAAAUCAUAAGCAUGGUAGACAUAGAUCAUCUAGGCAGUUGGCUUCUGUAAAAGAGCAAGUUAGUGAUGCUUUUUAUAAUGUAAUUGGCAAAGUCACAAAAGCUGUUGAAGUUCAAACUGAAGCUGACCUGAGAAAUGCAGGCAGAAGUAGUCAGACACACAAUAGCAUUCCUCUCACAUUAUACCAGCAGUAUACUGCCACACAGUCCAGCAGAAGCAGCAAUGUUACACAAGAUGAUGCCACACACAUAAAGACUGAGUCAAGUGACCCGAGUCUAAUAACUGCCAACGAAGAGGAGAAAAAUAUGGCAACAAAAAGUGAACAUGAAGCACUUCCUAUUCUUUACUCUGUGGGUAACGAAGAAGUCAUUAGCCAGAUUAAUCGUGUUGUCCAACAACUACAACAAGAGCAGUUAGGACAUGGAGUCAGUAACAUUAAACAGGAUUCACCUGUCUUUAAUAAGACAGCACUAUUUAAUGUAUCUGAAAUUAAUUAUCCUGAAGACAGUGAAACAAAGGUUCAUGAUGGAAACAUGUAUGGUGGGGUUAAAGAUGAUGUAACUGUGAGGGUUCCUGACACGAAGGGAUCAAGUGUGAUAAAUUCAGAUAAGAUAAUGUCAGCCUUUCUUUCAGCAACAACAAAAGUUACAGAUUCAUUGACUGAUAACACAGAUGUUGAAGGUCUUAAGAUUGAAACAGUCAAUACUCCAGAUGGUAGCAGUAUGCUGCCUCAAGGAGGCUCACCAGUUAUACAACCUGGCAAGUUAUUAAACAAUUCAACUAAUAAAGUUCGGGUAGCAACUUCUGAAGUCAUGGCACCUUCUAGCCCAGUAAUAGCUAGUAAAGUAGCUAUAGCUUCUACUGGUGAAGAUACAGUAACCUCCAGUAAAGUAGCUAUAGCUUCUACUGGUGAAGGUGCAGUAUCUUUUUCUGGUGGAGUAGCAGUAUCUUCAGAUGGAGAUGCAGUAGCAGUAUCGUCUACUGGUGAGAGUUCAGUAAUUUCUUCUAGUAAACUAGUGGGCACUUCUAGUCAGGUACCCAUAGCUAACAUUGGUGAAGAUGUGAUAACUUCUAUUGAUGAAAGCGUAUUAGUACCUGCCGAAAAAACAGUAACUAUUGCCAGUGUAGAUCCAGGUACCUCUGAUAAAGGAACAUUGCAUUCUAGUGGAGAACUAGCAACAUUCAGUGAAGGUCUAACCUCUAAUAAGGAUUCAGGAACCCUUGACAAGAAUCAAACCACCACUGAGAACAAUCAAACCACCACUGACAAAGAUCAAACUACCACUGACAAGGAUCAGAUCACCAAUGACAGGUAUCAAACCACCACUGACAACCAAACCACUGACAUUUAUCAAACCACCACUGACAACCAAACCACUGACAUGUAUCAAACCACCACUGACAACCAAACCACUGACAUGCAUCAAACCACCACUGACAAGGAUCACACUACCACCAACAAUCAAACUACCACUGACAAGAAUAAAAAUACCCCUGAAAAGAAUCAAACCACCCCUGAAAAGAAUCAAAUCACUACUGGAAAGACUCAAACCAACACUGACAAGAAUCAAACCACUAUUGACGAGAAUCAAACCACCACUGGAAAGGAUCAGACUGCUGGCAUAGCUGAAACAAUCUCAAACAAGGAUCAGACAACCUCCGAAAAGGAUCAGACAACCUCCAACAAGUAUCAGGCAACCUCUGAUGAGGAUCAGACAACCUCCGACAAGGAUCAGACAAUCUCCAGCAAGGACCAAUCAUCCUCCGACAAGGAUCAGACAUCCUCUGACAAGGAUCAGACAUCCUCCGACAAGGAUCAGACAUCCUCCGACAAGGAUCAGGCAGCCUCCAACAAGGAUCAGGCAGCCUCCGACAAGGAUCAGGCAGCCUCUGACAAGGAUCAGGCAGCCGCCGACAAGGAUCAGGCAGCCUCUGACAAGGAUCAGGCAGCCGCCGACAAGGAUCAGGCAGCCGCCGACAAGGAUCAGGCAGCCUCUGACAAGGAUCAGGCAUUGUUCAACAUAGAUUCAAUGACCUAUAAUGAUCUCAUACCUUUUGAUAAUUAUCCAGCACUCUUUAAUGAGGGGUUUUCAACCAUUAAUUUAGGUUUAUCAACCUUCAGUAAUUUUUUGUCAACAUUCAAUAAUGGUCUGUCAACCUUCAGUGAGGGUCCAUCAACCUUCAGUGAGGGUCCAUCAACCUUCAGUGAGGGUCCAUCAACCUUCAGUGAGGGUCCUUCAACCUUCAGUGAGGGUCCAUCAACCUUCAGUGAGGGUCCUUCAACCUUCAAUGAGGGUCCUUCAACCUUCAGUGAGGAUCCUUCAGGCUUCAGUGAGGGUCCUUCAAGCUUCAUUGAGGGUCCAUCAACCUUCAGUGAGGGUCCAUCAACCUUCAGUGAGGGUCUUUCAACCUUCAGUGAGGGUCUUUCAACCUUCAGUGAGGGUCCAUCAACCUUCAGUGAGGGUCCAUCAACCUUCAGUGAGGGUCCUUCAACCUUCAGUGAGGGUCCUUCAACCUUCAGUGAGGGUCCAUCAACCUUCAAUGAGGGUCCAUCAACCUUCAGUGAGGGUCCAUCAACCUUCAGUGAGGGACCAUCAACCUUCAGUGAGGGACCAUCAACCCUUGGUGAGGGACUGUCAACCCUCAGUGAGGGACUGUCAACCGUCAGUGUGGGACCUUCAGCUCUUGGUGAGGAAACUUCAACCCUCAGUGUGGAUCAAUCAGCCUUCAGUGAGGGGUCAUCAACCCUCAGUGAGGGUACAUCAACCUUCAAUGAGGGUCCACCAACCCUCAGUGAGGGUCCAUCAACUUUCAAUGAGGGUUCAUCAGCCUUCAGUGAGGGUCCAUCAACCUUCAAUGAGGGUCCAUCAACCCUUAGUGAGGGUCCAUCAACCUUCAAUGAGGGUUCAUCAGCCUUCAGUGAGGGUCCAUCAGCCUUCAGUGAGGGUCCAUCAGCCUUCAGUGAGAAUCCAGUACCAUUUACUGAGGACCUAACUACCCUUAAUGAGGCUCCAUCCACUUUAAAUCACCAAGGAAUUUUAGGACUGAAGGAGGCCAUCAUUGUGAAUGACCAGAUGAAAAAUGAAGAUAAGCGUAAUGUAGACCAAAUGCUAGAAAAGUUGAAAAGCCAGUUUCUUGCAGAUUAUUUAGCUAAUAACACAAAAUCUCUAACUGAAAUGGGUGUAAAGUCUGCAUCAGAUAAUGACACUGUUGGAGUGAUAGGAACAUUUGGAAAUGUCAUGAUGCAUGGAGAAGCCACAGAUAAUGAUUCAGUGCCAGAGAUUAAGGUGGAGAUGGGCAGCAGUAAUGCAGCAUUCAAUGUCCCCUCUGGUACUGAUGUGGAAGUUAACAGCAUUAAGUUAAUACUUGAUUCAGCUGGAGCAAGUGACUCUGCUAUAACACAAAAUUCAGACAUAAGUGACCUAGAUGAGGCAGUUAACUCAGAACUAACAAAUAUUUUUGAUAUAACAAGCGACUUGGAUGAAAAAAAUUACUCUGCCCUUCUUGUGACAAACGACACACAAACAGAUUCUGCAAGUGGCAUGGCUACUGAAAAUGUCCUUCCCGAACUGAGCAUAGUAAACCCUGACAGCAUAUAUGUUCAUGAUAAUCCAAUGCUCGGUGACCACUCUGGAGAUGAUGAAAGUGUUGAAGAGGGCUCCAAGGUAUCAGCUAUUGGCAUAGCUGAUGAGGUUGGUCAAGUUUUAGAUGCUGUUCAUCCAUCAGGUGGCACACCAGAUACAGUGGGUUAUGUAAAACAUGAGAGCCUGGAAAAAAAUCCUGUGGUAUUGAAGGAUGGGGAGGUAAAUCCAGAAUCAAGCAUUGAAGUGACACAUCCUCUAAUUAAGAGUAGUUAUCACAAACUUCAGUCUAGCACCAAUAGUAAACUUGAUGCAAACCUGUCCAAUGAUGACAUCCAGUGGCUAAUCCUGAGAAAUGAAACAAACCAGAAUGAUGGAGCUGCCAGUUCAGCCCCUCCUCUCCCAGAUGAAGUUGCCAUAUCCUCUGGCAUUGGCUUUAGUUCUGAUAUGGCAACAAUAAAUUUAGAAUUGUACAAUAGUUCCUCAAAGCCCAAUGACCCUGGAAUACAUGGCAGUACAGUGGAUGAAACUGUAUAUGACAAAACAGGCACACCUAUGUAUGGCAUAGCAGCAAACACAACAUUAAAUAAUAGUUCUUCAGAUUCAUUAUUAGUAAUCAGUGCACAUGACUUGACAGUAGGCAUCAGCAAAUCAAACUUGACAGUAGAUAUCAAUAUACCAGAGUCAGUAAUAGAAAUCAAUGCACAAGAGUCAGUAAUAGAAAUCAGUGCACCAGAAUCAGCAUUAGAAUUUAGUGUACCAGAUUCAUCAGUGAAUAGCAGUGCACCAGCUUCAAUAAAAAUCAAAGAACCAGAUUUAGUAGAAAUCAUUGCAUCAGAUCCAACAGAAGAAAUCAGUGCACCAGAUUCAUUAGUAGAAAUUACUGCACCAUAUUCAUUGCUAGGAAUCACUGUACCAGAUUCAGAAGAAAUCACUGCACUAAACUCAACAUUAAACAGCAGUGCACCAGAUUCAAUAGCAAUAGGUGCACCAAAUUUAAUAGAAAUCAAUGCACCAGAUUCACUGAUAGAAAUCAGUGCUCCAGAGUCAAUGAUAGAUAUUAAUGCACCAGAAUCAGUAGAAGAAAUUAGUGCACUAACUUCACUGCUAAACAAUAGUGUGCUGGAAUCAAUAAUAGGAGUUAGUACACCAGAUUUAAUAGAAGAGAUCAGUGCAUCAGAAUCAGUAGAAGAAAUUACUUCAUUAAAUUCAACAUUAAAUAGUAGUGUGCCAGAUUCAACAGAAGAGAAUAUUGCACUAGACACUAUAAUAGAAAUCAAAGCACCAGAUUCAGUAAUAGAAAUCAGUGCACCAGAUUCAGUACUAGAAAUCAGUGUACCAGAUUCAUUAGUAGAAAUGGAUGCAUUGGAUGCACCCUUAAACAGCAGUGUGCCAGAUUCCAUACUAGAAACUAAUGUGCCAUUAAACAGUAGUGCACCAGAUUCAAUACUAGAAAUCAGUGUAUUAGAUACAGCAUUAAACACCAGUGCACCAAAUUCAGUGGUAGAAAUCUUUGCACCUGAUUCAGUUGUGGAAAUCUUUGCACCAGAUUCAAUGGUAGUAGUCACUAUACCAAAUUCAACAGUAAACAGCACUGCACCAGAGUCAGUAGAAGUCAAUGCACAAGAUUUGAUAAUAAGCAUUGGCACACAAAAGUUUACAGUUGAAAUCAGUGAACUAAAUUCAGUAGUAAUCACUGCACCCAAUUCAACAUUAAACAUCAGUUCAGAAGACUUAUCAGUAGAUGGCAUUACAGAAGACAUCAGGGCAGAAGACUUAUCAGUAGCUGGUGUUUCAGAAGACUUAUCAGUAGCUGGUGUUUCAGAAGACUUGUCAGUAGCUGGUGUUUCAGAAGACUUGUCAGUAGCUGGUGUUUCAGAAGACUUGUCAGUAGCUGGUGUUUCAGAAGACUUGUCAGUAGCUGGUGUUUCAGAAGACUUGUCAGUAGCUGGUGUUUCAGAAGACUUGUCAGUAGCUGGUGUUUCAGAAGACUUGUCAGUAGCUGGUGUUUCAGAAGACUUGUCAGUAGCUGGUGUUUCAGAAGACUUGUCAGUAGCUGGUGUUUCAGAAGACUUGUUAGUAGCUGGUGUUUCAGAAGACUUGUCAGUAGCUGGUGUUUCAGAAGACUUGUCAGUAGCUGGUGUUUCAGAAGACUUGUCAGUAGCUGGUGUUUCAGAAGACUUAUCAGUAGCUGGCAUUUCAGAAGACUUAUCAGUAGAUGGCAUUACAGAAGACAUCAGGGCAGAAGACUUAUCAGUAGCUGGUAUUUCAGAAGACUUGUCAGUAGCUGGUGUUUCAGAAGACUUGUCAGUAGCUGGUGUUUCAGAAGACUUAUCAGUAGCUGGCAUUUCAGAAGACUUAUCAGUAGUUGGCAUUGCAGAAGACUUAUCAAUAGCUGGCAUUGCAGAAGACUUAUCAGUAGCUGGAGUUGCUGAAGACUUACCUAUAGAUGGCAGUACAGCAAACUUCUUUGUAGAUGGCAGUGCAGCAGCCAUAGCUGUAAAUGGCAGUGUAGCAGGUACAACUGUAUAUGACAAUUCAGCAGAUACAACUACAGGUGGCAGUGCAGCAAACACAACUGUAGUCAGCAGUGCAGCACUUUUGGAAGAGAAUUCCCAUACAAAUGGCAACAGAUGUGGUGGUUCAUUCCUUCUGGUGAAUGAUGUUCCUAUCUGUGGCAGUCAGUUCAGACAGGAACCAAUCAUCAGUGAUGACUACGAGGAUGAACGUUUUGAAGAUGUGGAGAGGCUGUCAGUGCGAACAUUUAAGGGAGCAACACAAAGCCUUCAAUUUUCUUUGGAAUACAACACAAUCUGUCCUAUUGCAAAGGAGGAGCCAACCCCAAAACCAAAGGUCAAGAAAAAUGUUACUCUCUUGCAAUAUCUUCUUGGAUGGUAUCGUUGAAAUGUGUUCAACUUUGGCUGGCUCACUACCAGAAGACAGUGACUGAUGCUGCAUCAUUCAAAUUCAAGCUAAAAGAGUAGGAAUAUGACAUACUAAAUGCUUCUGAAUCUUCUUGAUGAAUUUACUGUUAAGUGGAGAUUAUUAUUAUCAUUAUAAUCAAGGGGGAGCACUAAACCCAUAGGAUUAUGCAGCGCCUGUGGGGGGAUGUGGAAUGUAUUUAGGCUUAAUUCAGGGAACUGGAGCACAGAUCCAAUUCCCUAGAUCAAGAGCCUCUCACCAGCAUCAAGGAACCUUCUUUGAGGGGUGUUAAGUGGAGAAACUUUAACCUAUUGUAGGAUUCAGUGAACACCCACUUAUGCCCUAUUUAUAUUAAUUUUUUCUUAAUAUACUGUAUACAUUUAAAUAAUAAGUUUUUCUCUUGUCUAAGAAAUACUACACAGUAUAGUUAUUGCAUAGUUCUGUUUGCCAUUACUCUAUUUCUGAAGUCUUUCCAAAAACUGUCAAAGGAGUUUUCAAAUCUAGAAAAGCAAAAUAAACCUGGUACAGUAUAUAUUACAAUA